AAAAUAUCAAAACUAAGGAAAAGGAAAAAAAGGAAUAGAAAAGAGCGGGAGCCAUAAACCCUCAAAAAUUUGAGAGUUUGAGUAAGAGCGAAGAGACAGCAAGAUAAACUCAGCAUUCAGCAAGAAUGCCGGUUGGAGUACGAGAGCUAACUGUGUUGGGAGAAUUCAAACCAUUUGGCUUAAUCGCCGAAGCUCUCGACGGAAAACCAACUGAUAAUGUCUUAGAUAAGUACGAUUACUUCCUAUUUGAUCCAGAAGUUACUCGAGAUAGAGACGAAUUCGAUGUCAUUGCUUCCUCCGUUUCUUCGUCAAUCUCUGUUGAUGGUUGCGAUCACGAAAUCUUCAUCCGCGGAAAUAGGAUAAUGUGGAUAAUGGGGUCACGUGUGUACAAGAGAUUCACGCUAAGUUCUGCAGUAACCAUGGCUUGCUGGUGUCGUAUGGCUCAUUCAUCUGAGGCUGUUCUGUGUAUAUUGCAAGCUGAUGCCUUGACAAUAUUUAACACAUCUGGUGAGCUGACAUCAGUUCCCCUUACGGGCAUAGUCACUUCAAUAUGGCCGCUUCCAUUUGGGUUGCUAGUGCAGCAAGCAGCAGAAGGAAAUCCUCCAUCGUUCGCAAGUUCUGUCCCGUUCUUAGGUGGUAGGGAUACAUUCUCAAAAAGAGAAGUCCGGCAAAGUCCACAACAAUACUUUGGUUUUUCUAGCUCUGGUGACAUUAUGAAAGGAGAUUUAGCGUCAGUGUGCUCUCAUCUAAUCUUGAAUGAUCCAUGUAAAGACCCACAGCCAGUUUUUGUUCAUGAAAGGGACAAAUCGAAGAUUAUGAAGGACUUUGAUGAAAGAACAAUCUGGACCAGUGAUCGUGUUCCUCUGAUUGCUUCCUAUAACAGAGACAAGGUGCAACACUCACUUUGGGUAGCAGAAAGUUUCAAUUCUUGUCUUGGCGAGCAUCCUUUUUCUAGUUCUCAAGUUUCAUACACUGAAGUGUCCCCUUGUCAGUUCUCAUUCCGGAGAAUUUGGCAAGCUAAAGGUUACCAGACAGCUGCUACCAAGGUCUUCAUGGCCACUGACGAUGAUGCGACACCAAUUAUUUGUUUCCUUCUCCAAGAACAGAAAAGGUUGCUAUCAGUGAAGCUUCAGACCAUUCAAAUCAAUGAUGAUAUACUCUUUGACGUGGAACCGGACAUGAGUUGGAGCAUACCCGCUAUUGCUGCGGAACCUGUUGCUGUAACCCGAUCGAGGGCAAAGGUUGGGCUGCUUCCUGCAAUGGACAUUAUUGUUCUGGAUUCAGAGAGCUCAGUUUAUCUUUAUUUGGGAAAGCAAUGCCUUUGUAAAUAUAUGCUUCCUUUAUGUUUAGGCAAUCAGCAACUUAAAGAACCUGUUGAUUCUCCCAAGAGUAGAUAUAUUUACGAUGUGAAGAUUAUAGGAUUGGCUGAUGCUGUUGGAGCAAGGGUAAAUGUGAUCUUAAGCAAUGGACAGAUGCUUAGAUGUGCACUGCAAAGCGGUGCUUCAUGUUCGUUGGCAAAUGAUUGUAUCACAGCAAUGGCUGAAGGCCUUAGUUAUCCCUUCUACAAUGACUUUCUUCAACUUUUUUGGGGAAAUUGUGAGAUUUCUGAUUCAAGCGGUUCUUCAAAUGUUGACGAGUGGGAAUAUUUUAGGAGCAUCAUGAUGGAACUUUUCCAUAAGUCACAGUCAGCUCCACAUCCAGAUGCGUUGAGCUCAUCGUGGGAGUUCCUUGUUAAUAGCGAAUUUCAUAAGAAUUAUAACAAUCAUCACCUCUUCCCUGGAAUCUUAACUGAAGGGUUGGGUAAAAGGCAGGAUAAUUAUGUCCAUUUCUCAAACAGGGAAGAAGUGUACAAGCCAAAAAGACUUUGCAAUUUGGAGUUUCUAAUUGAAUGCUUGGAUUCUCUGCAUGCAGUUUACGAGAACCUGAAACUUAUAAAUCUUCGGAAGCGAGAUUUGGAGCAUCUUGUUGUUCUUCUGUGUGAAAUUGGUACUUUCUUGGGAGAAGACAGUUAUAUUGAUCACUACAUUCGCGAUUUUCCUUUUCUGUCCAAGAUGAUAAGAAGAAAUCAGCAUCCUUCUCCAAGAUCUCCUCCAUGUUUGUACAGAUGGCUCGAAACUUGUGUGUUGCACGGACUUGGCUCGGCAAAUAUUAAUGACAUUCCACCUCUUGCUCGAAAAGAUGGAAGGUCUUCUGUCAGCUGGUGUCGUAAGGUUUUGUCAUUCUAUAGCUUAUUAUAUGGCGCAAAGAGCAUGGGGGGGAAACUCUCCUCUGGUGUAUCUUGUAGGAUUGCUUCUGGUUCAUCUUCAACUCCUGAAGAGAACAUGGUCCUGGCAAUGGUGGCUGAAGGAUUUGGUUUGCAACAACUAGACUUGUUACCUAUCGGCAUCUCGUUACCAUUAAGACAUGCUGUAGAUAAGUGCCGAGAGUCUCCUCCUACUGGCUGGCCUGCAGCUGCUUAUGUUCUUCUUGGUCGAGAAGAUUUAGCUUUGUCUUGUGUGGCACACUUAAAGAAAUCUGAACAGCUUGAGAUUCAAACCAACAGGCAUUUGAUUUCAAUGUCAGUGCCUUAUAUGCUACCUUUACAGCCAGUGACAAUUCCCUCAACAGUUUCAGACACAAUUGUUAUGGAUAAUUCAAAAGUUGACAAUGUAGAUUCGUCGGAUGAUUCUUCAAUAGAUGGCAUGGAGCAUUUAUUUAACUCUAGUACUCAGUUGCGGUAUGGUCGGGAUCUACGUUUAAAUGAGGUCAGACGUCUUUUAAGUUCUUCAAGACCUGUAGCAAUUCAAACAGCUGUUAUUCCCACUGCAUCAGAUCAGGAGCUACAACAGGCUCAGUUAUGGCAAUUUGCUCAAAGGACCACUGCUCUCCCCCUUGGUCGUGGUGCAUUUACUCUGGCAACCUCAUGCACCCUUUUGACUGAGGCACUCACAGUACCAAAACUGGUUUUGGCUGGACGGCUGCCUGCUCAGCAGAAUGCUACUGUCAAUUUAGAUCCUAAUGUACGGAAUUUACAAGAGCUACGAGCUUGGCCUGAAUUUCACAAUGCUGUUGCUGCUGGAUUAAGGCUUGCACCUCUGCCUGGUAAAGUGUCUAGAACUUGGAUCAUAUAUAACAGGCCAGAGGAGCCAAAUGCUGCCCAUGCAGGUCUUCUUUUUGCUUUGGGGCUACAUGGACACCUAACUGUUCUGAAUAUAAAUGACAUAUUCCAAUACUACAACAAGGGUCAUGAAAGCACUACUGUGGGGUUAAUGCUUGGUCUAGCAGCAUCGUACAGAGGCACUAUGGAGCCAACAAUGUCAAAGUCCUUCUUUGUUCAUUUACCUGCUCGUCAUCCAUCUAACUUUCCAGAGCUUGAAGUUCCGACAGUCCUUCAGUCAGCAGCAUUGAUGUCCCUCGGUCUCCUUUUUGAAGGAUCUGCACAUCCUCAGACUAUGCAGUUUCUUCUGACUGAAAUAGGUCGUAGAAGUGGUGGCGAUAAUGUGCUUGAGAGGGAGGGCUAUGCUGUUUCUGCUGGAUUUGCACUUGGGCUUGUUGCUUUGGGUCGUGGCGAGGAUAAAUUUGCGUGUGUAGACUCAUUGGUUGAUCGUUUGUUCCAUUAUGCCGGAGAAAAUUUUGAUGAAAGGUCCCUUUCAACACCAAUGACAUGUGAGCACAACUGGGGUGUAGGGCAGAUGUUGGAUGGUGUUCCUGUCAAUGUAGAUGUUACUGCCCCUGGAGCUAUGAUUGCUUUAGCUUUGUUGUUUUUCAAGACUGAAUCAGAGGUGAUAGUUUCCAGGCUUUCCAUUCCUCAUACAAAUUUUGAGCUGCAAUAUUUGAGGCCUGACUUCAUUAUGCUUCGUGUCAUUGCUCGCAACUUGAUAAUGUGGAGCAGGGUCAUGCCAACAAAAGAAUGGGUUGAGUCUCAGAUCCCUCUAAUUGUGAAAGUUGGUAUUGAGGCCCUUGGUAAUGAGGGUACUGAUAUUGAGGACGUGGAUGAAGAAGCAGUUGUCCAAGCAUUUGUGAAUAUUAUUGCUGGAGCAUGUAUAUCUCUUGGUCUGAAGUACGCUGGAUCCAGAAAUGCCAAUGCUCAGGAACUGCUCUAUAGCUACGCUAUCUACUUUCUGAAUGAGAUUAAGUCUGUUUCUGGUUCAGCUGGAAGUAUAUAUCCAAGAGGAUUAUUGAAGUUUGUGGACAGGAGUACGUUGGAAAUAUGUCUUCACCUUGCUGUCCUUUCCCUGGCUUUGGUUAUGGCGGGUUCUGGAAAUCUUCAGACUUUUAGAUUGCUCAGAUUUUUGCGUAGUCGAAAUUCUUCUGAUGGCCAAGCUAAUUUUGGUAUUCAAAUGGCUGUAAGCCUCGCAAUUGGCUUUUUGUUUCUUGGAGGAGGAAUGCAGUCAUUUUCUUCUAGUAAAAGUGCUAUUGCGGCUUUAUUGGUCACUCUCUAUCCUCGUUUUCCCACGGGUACUAAUGAUAAUCGCUGCCAUCUUCAGGCAUAUAGGCACUUCUAUGUCCUUGCUACAGAAGCUCGUUGGAUUCAAACAGUUGAUGUUGAUACUGGCUUACCUGUCUAUGCCCCUCUAGAAGUUACUGUAAAGGAAACUGAACAUCAUGCAGAGACCAGUUUUUGUGAGGUCACACCUUGCCUACUUCCAGAACGUGUCAUUCUGAAAAGAGUUCGUGUUUGUGGUCCACGGUACUGGCCCCAAGUCAUAGAGCUCACUCCUGAAGAUAAACCUUGGUGGCUUUCUGGUGACAAGAAUCACCCAUUCAAUUCUGGUAUUCUUUAUAUUAAGAGAAAGGUUGGAGCAUGUUCCUAUGUGGAUGAUCCUGUUGGAUGUCAAUCAUUAAUAUCACGAGCAAUGAACAAGGCAUUCAGCUUGACAAGCAUGAGUUUUUGUGAUCCCAAAAUCAAUAGGAGUCCUGAGCCAGGUUCCAGUAAUGUUGAUCACUUGGUUAGCACAUUUUCUUCAGAUCCAAGCUUAAUUGCUUUUGCUCAGCUUUGCUGUGACUCAUCCUGGAAAAACAGGUCAGAUGUUGAUUUCCAUGAAUUCAGUUUGCAAGUUUUAUUUGAGUGUGUCAGCAAAGAUAGACCAGCUCUUUUGCAGGUCUACAUAUCAUUGUAUACAAUGAUUAGAUCAAUUACUGAUCAGGUUACAGACAACACCAUCACUUUCUUUGAUUCCCUCUGCAUAUCUAAUUUAAAGCUUGUAAUAGCCUACAAUGAGGCCUUGCUUAGAGGAAGAUUAUCCUCUUCAAGAGACGGCAUUGUCCAACCAAAGUUUUUGGGGUCUCUAAGGAAGCGCGUAGAGGAGCUCUUCUGCAAUUCCGAUGAAAUGCAGGCUGACUUAUGUAAAUAUUUGACUACUGGAGGAUGGCCAAAUGACAAGUUCCACGGUAAAAAAAGUUCUAUAUUAUUAUCGUGGUAUCUUCAAUGGUUUUCUGUACCAUCUUCAACUGUAAUACGGACAGCAAUUGAGAAGAUAAAACCCAAGCUCAAGAAAUCAUCUGCAAUCCCUUUGUUACGCUUGUUAUUUCCUCGAAUUCAUGUGACCGUGAUCUCUGAGAUUGAUAAAUUAUUGCUUUCUCAUUAGUUCGUUGGGAUGGCUGUUGAUCUUGAUGUCCGAUUACGAUCUAACUGAAAAAAGAUCCCAUGUAAAAACAAAUACAGAUGCGUUUAAAACAGUUCUGUAUGUUUAAUCUGUCUGAAUCAUUGCUUUCUGGUUAGUUUGAUGGGAUGGCUGCGGAGAUCCGGCCAAUGUACAUAAUUACCGCUGUACAAGCAUAGUUUAGAGUGUAGGUUUGCCCUGUUGUAAUCGAUACCAAUUUUUGUGUAUUUCAUAGCUGAUUACUAAUUUAUAUUUACUUGCUAGGAAACAAAGCAAUAAAAAAGUGCUUUUUUUUUUUGCCUUAGUUUAUUUGCCGAUACUAUAUUAAUGGUAUUAAAGCUUUGGCAUAAUGGUGAAUUCUUUCAUUUUACCAGUUUUUC